AUGAGUCAAAAACGGUUUUUGCGGCUUGCGUAUUGCCUACGUUUCGACAAUUCCACAACGAGGGCCCAGCGAAGAGCUAACGACAAGUUGGCGUGUGUUCGCGCCAUUUUCGGCAAAUUUGUCAAAGCUUGUGAAGCAAACUACACCCCAGGAACUGGGUGCACAGUGAAUGAAUCUCUCCUUGCAUUCAGAGGAAGAUGUAGUUUCAAGCAAUAUAUACCAAAUAAACCAAGUAAAUACGGCAUCAAGAUAUAUGUAUUGGCUGAUAGCAAAACGUUCUACUCGGUUUCUUCAAAAAUUUAUAUGGGAGCUGGUACUCAUGCACCAGGGAUGCAAGUUCCAUCCCAAGCAGUCUUGGAUUUGGUACCCACAAUUUCUGGAACAAACAGAAACAUUGCAACCGAUAACUAUUUCACAUCAAUUGAUUUGGCCAAUGAACUAAAAUCCAGGAAUCUCACAUUAGCUGGCACUAUGAAAAAGAACAAAGCUUGCAUUCCACCGUCAUUUUUUAUGAAAGCAGCAGAAGGAACAGUUCAAUACGCCUUUGAUCAUGCAAACGAUUACACUCUCUUGUCUGUUGUUCCAAAGAAGAACAAGAUAGUUGUAUUUCUUUCCACCAUGCAUUCGCAAAAAUCGACUGAUGCAGCUACUGGGAAAGAAGAAAUAAAUGUAUUUUACAACAAAGAAAAAGGUGGUGUAGACAGCCAUAAUCAAAUGUACAGCUUUUAUACCACGGCAAGAAAAACAAAUCGUUGGCCAAUGAGGGUAUUUUAUGGAAUGAUUGAUAGUGCUGCCUUGAACGCAUUUGUUAUUUUUACUGAAAAUGUGCCCAACUUUGGAGAACGUAAGAAAAACAAACGACAGGCAUUCUUGAAGAAACUGGCCAUCGCUUUGAUUACACCACAUGCACAUCAACGAUUGGAGAUGAAGCAGACGCCAAAAGAUGUCAAACAGAUCAUCCGUACCUGCGGCAUUGUGCAGGUACCAACACAAACAGCAAGCACCACACAACAUCAUUCAGGACGCAAGAGAUGUUAUAUUUGUCCCAGAUCUUGUGACAAGAAAACCAAACUAGUCUGUAAUGAGUGCAAUCAGUCUGUGUGUGAAGAACAUACCAAAGGAGUUUGCAACCAAUGCCAGCAAUGA